GUCCUGUUACCUGUCAGUCACUAUAUAAUGUUUUGUGUUGCUACCAGUGUCUCUGGACUGCGUGACAACUCAGUUUAAUUUUUUUUUAUGAAGUAUUAAGAAAAGCGCAUAUACAGAGAACCUCGAAGCAAAGUGGAAUUAAAUGUCUACUCUAGUCAGUAUUUUUUUUUCACGUUUCAGACACUGUACAUGUGUUACGACUGUUCGUUCACAAGAAAAUCAACUUUAUGACUAGAUGUUUCCAUUAUCUUUAAAAUGAUCAAAUUUUACUAAUUGGAUUACUCCAAAAUAAUUCUAGUAUAUUAUAUCGGUAGCCGAAUAUGGCAGCUUUACAAGAUUUACAAACACAAAAAUCAUACAAGUACCUACAUGAAGUUGAAACUCUUGCCCAAGAAAUUUUAACUGCCAAAGAAACUAAAAUGCAGAUAGCAAAUGCCCAAAAUAAGUUCAGAGAGGCAUUACGAGCUAUAGAAAGUACUGAAGAGAGAAGAACGUGGAUCCAAAUGGGAACUGUUUAUAUCGAAAGGCCUUCAUCCGAAUGUAAAAAUAUUUUAAGAAGUGAGAUUGCCAAAGCAGAAGAGGAUCUUGAUAAUUUGCACAAAAAGAUAAAGGAAAUGGUUUAUAAGCUCCGGGAUCUUGAACAUGAACCUCGAUUAGAAGGUUUUACGUUGAAACCUAUAUCUGUUGCUGAAGCAAAAGCACUUCAUAAGGGGUUUGGAUUGAUAGACUGAAAGCUAGAAUGGUUUACGUGUAACUAGAGCACUUUAGAGAAAAUACAACCAUUUUUCUUAAGCAUGGUUUUAAAAAGGCACCAUUGAUAAAUCGAAAGAAGUGUGCAUGAGAAAGCGGAGAAGAUAUUGUACUUAUAACAAAAUAAAAAAUUACCUUUAAAUAUUUCAUGAAAAUUAGUGUUUUUAUUAUUUUAUCUCUUAUAUGAGGUAUUAUCUGAGUUCUAACAACAGAUUAGUAUUACUCACGUCAAUUAAAUUUUGAGUUGGGAGAUAACAUUCCUGGAUGUUUAGUAGAUAAUAUAAAUAACUAAUUCUAUUUUGGCAACACUGCAAUAAAUUGUAGAAGAAUUA